CUCAGGUUCCAGACAGCGAUGAGCAAUUUGUGCCUGACUUUCAUUCAGAAAACUUGGCUUUUCACAGUCCUCCUGCUAAGAUUAAAAAGGAGCCACAGAGUCCCUCCUCGGACCCCACGCUGUCCUGCAACCAUAAGCAGCAAUUCCAGUACCACAAUGGCGAGCAGUGCCUUUAUGCCAGCUCUACGUACCAGCCACCUGUGGAGAUGGGCUGUUCCUUCCCCUCCUCCCAGGGCAUGAUCCAGGAAGACCUUACUACAUACCAGCACCAGAUGUCUGAGCUCUGCCUCCACUACCCUCAUCAGGGCUUCAAACAGGAGUACCAUGACCCGCGGUAUGAGCAAGGAAGCCAGGCGAGCGGCAGCUGUCAGUACCCAGAAGCUGUGGUGAUCAAGCAGGAGCAGUUGGACUACACGUAUGACUCAGAUGUUCCUGGCUGUCCUUCCAUAUACAUAAACGUUGAGAGUUAUCCAAACCAUUCAGAUACAGAAGAUACGUUAGGCUACAGCUACGACAAGCAGAUGAGGUCCUUUACUGAGGAUGUCUGUGUUGUUCCAGAAAAAUGUGAAGGAGACAUGAAGCAGGAGGCUGGAGGGUACCGGGAAGGACCUCCGUAUCAGAGACGGGGAUCUCUCCAACUCUGGCAAUUUCUUGUGGCUUUAUUGGAUGAUCCGACCAAUUCUCACUUCAUUGCCUGGACUGGUAGAGGGAUGGAAUUCAAGCUAAUUGAGCCAGAAGAGGUAGCCAGGCUGUGGGGUAUCCAAAAGAACCGUCCAGCCAUGAACUAUGACAAGCUGAGCCGAUCACUUCGCUACUAUUAUGAGAAAGGCAUAAUGCAGAAGGUGGCUGGAGAGCGCUACGUGUACAAAUUUGUGUGUGAGCCUGAAGCCUUGUUCUCUCUGGCCUUCCCUGAUAAUCAGCGGCCAACUCUGAAGGCAGAGUUUGACCAGCAGAUCAGUGAGGAGGACACAGUGCCUCUUUCUCACCUCGAUGAAAAUUCCACUUACCUGCCAGACCUUGGGAGCCUCCCUCCACAGCUUUACAGCAAAGGCUACACGUAUUAG